AUGGAACUUAUUCAAUCGCAGAAAGGCAAAGAUUUACUGUUGAGCGGUGGGUACCGGUAUCGUAAGGCGAGAACUAAUACCGAUGGCAGUGUAUCAUGGAGAUGCGCCGAGACAGCUUGCCGAGGACGUGUCAAAGUGUCAUUGGAAAAUGUCGUGGUAAAUGUGACUCGACAAAGUCAUGCUCCAGAUCCAGCUAAAAAUGAAGCAAAAAAAUCUGUGUCUAAUAUGAAAUGGCGAGCAGCGGACACCCUUGAGAAACCAAGGCAGUUGAUUCAAGGAUCGACAAGAGGGAUAAAUUUGGAAGCAUCAGUCCAUUUGCCAUCGUACAAUGCAUCUCAGAGAACUGUUGAGCGUAUUCGGCAAAGGGGUGAAGUGUCGUGCCCAAACCCAGGCUCUGUUGCCGAUAUUAAUAUUCCUGUUGCACUACAAGUCACUUCAAGAAAUCUAAAUUUCUUGUCAUGGGAUUCUGGACAGAAUGAUCCUCAUCGCAUCUUCAUGUUUGGUACUAAAUAA